AUGAAAUCGCUGCUACUUGUUGUUCUGUUGAUCGUACUCGUCGUCGCUUGCAGUGCUUCGGAGGAGGCACAAAAUGAGCCGAGGUUGAUACGUGCGAAACGUCAAUGGGGAGGUUUUUGGCGACCGUGGUACUCGUAUUGGGCACGUCCAUGGAUUUGGGGAUAUCGACCAUGGAGUUACUAUUAUCGUCCGUACGGUGUUGGCCCAUGGGGUUGGGGACGUCCAUGGUAUGGAUUUGGACCGUGGAGACAUUGA